GACUUGCAUCAUCAUACAAAUAUACCGCCCGUACUCCUGAAAACGUUCAACAUACGGUGCCAAAUCCGUUUAGAAAUGUGUGACAGUGACAAGGAAUUGGUCUAAUUAGGUGUGAUGCAAUGCGGUAACCAAACUGUCAAAGGAUGGAAUUCAACUAGGGGAUUUAUGAGUCAAGAGGUGUGAAAUUUUGGUAUUUGGUUUCUAGCAGAACAAAAGGUAUAUGAACUCAAAUGAGGAAAUGUGAUAAUCAAAUUGUGAAAUUAUUGGUUUUAGAAUAUCCAUGAAACUUAAUUUUUCAGUGUCAAAAGAAAUAAUCUCGAGCCUUUUCAAAUUGCUCGAAAAGUGGAUUUUUGGACGCUUUCGAUAAUUUUCAGAGAUUCUAGAUUCCACGGGGAAAAAUCUGCACAAGUACUUGCCUAUCUUCCUUCCAUUCCGGGCCACUAUUUAAGUGUUCUUUCUGUGUUUUUUCCUAGUCUCUUCAAAAGAUGAAUGACCAACUGUUGGUGGCAGCUGGCUAGAUAGCACAUGAGUAUAGGAGACUAAGACAUUUGAAGGACUUGAAUUAAUUAUUGCCAAUUUAGGUUAGCUUGAGGAUGGACUGAGGCCAUUACCGGAAGAAGGGUGUUAUUAGAAAAAAAUAGAGGAAAGAAAAGAAAACAGUUAUGAUUUAAAUGGAAAGUUAAUUGGCAUUAAGUGAGAUUCUCAUUAACUCAUUAUUUGCGCGAAAGUGGUACAUUUCUCUUGAACUAAAACAAACAAACUGAAAUGUAUUCAGUAAAUUUUUUCGCUGAAGUUUUUUCCAAAACUAGUCUUGGUUUUAGGAUGUUUUUUUGUAAGAUUAGGUUUUUAUUAUAUUAUUUUUUGAUAAAAUAUGUUAACUUUAUAACCAACCUUUUCAUGUUUUAAAACAAAAAGUGACUAAUAAAGUGCUCUAAAAGGCUUACUGAAUGCUUACCAACUAAUAACAGAAUCUGCAGAUUAGUGAAGUCUCAAAAACAUGCAAUGAAGAAAAAAACUUGUUUUUCAAAACCAUCGUUUUUGUGAAAAGACCUUAUCAACUUCCAAUCAGUUCCCGCGUCAACAAAUAUCUGUGAUCUAUCUAGAACAUUUCUCAGAACAUCCCGUGCACUUAUCUUGAAGAGUAUGUCAGUUACAGAAUUGUGUGACCCUUAUAAAACCUUUCUUGGUAAUUAGAUGAUAUCUGCAUUUACUGAUGCACAUCAUUGCAUAAUUGGAGAAAUAUGACAUAACAACUUUUACUGGAUGUAUACUACUCUAUUUCGAUAACGGUCGUAUCGAUAGAUCCUAUAGAACAAAAAUUCAGACUAUAUGUUUUCACUCUUGGACCUUCACUCUCGGAAUCGAAAAAACGAUGAUAUUUGAAUUUGAAAGAAUAAGACAAUCUAUGAUCUCAAUUUUCAAAUCAGAAUUUGAUUUUCAGAAUUUUUUGUGGAAUAUUUCAUAUUGAUGUAUUGUUUAUAUUGACCCCUGGCAAAAGUCUCACAGUACAAUGAGAUCCCAGAAGAACACUUGGAUUAUGUUCAGGAAGGAAGAAAAUAUUACAGUUGACACCUCUGGUAUGUAGGAUUACAGAGAUUUUCAUUGUUUCAUGAAACUUUGACACCUGCUCAUUGACAUUUGUGAUUUGUAAAAGGUCAAAUAUUUUGAACUGACAAGUUUCUAGUAAUGGGCACUCUACACCUUUGUUAGGCGGGAAUUAAUGGCAAUUCCAGAAAUUCACGGCAAUUUUCAAAUCUAUUUAUAUUUCGAAAUUUAAAAUUACAAAUUGCAAUUGCGUGCAUAUCUGACAUGCUCUCCGGAUCUAACAGAAGAUCAACGAAUGAGAUAGUGCUACUGUUUUAGGCAAAUAACAUGUUAAUCGGUGACACGCAUGUGUUUUGGUUGAGAUAAAAUCAUACUGUAAUUAAUAUGGAGUAGUUGAACUACCGUGGACGAUUUCUAGCAUGUUUCAAGAUUUUUAAAAUUACAAGCACGAGCGUUUUUGUUAACUGGAUCGUUUUCAGAACAAAUUUUUUAUCUAUUGGAAGGGAUUUAUUGAAAUGUGGAACACCAUUCCACACAUGUUAUAAAGCUUCGUAUUUUAAUAUUUAUAGUCAAUAGUGUCGAUCAUGUUACAAGUUUGGCACAUACAUUCAAAAAUAUUAACUUUUUGGAAUGCAGUUUUUUAGUUGGAACAUAAUUAAGAGUCCUUUGCCUUGUUGGUAUACUUAGAACAUUUUGAUAUUUUGUUUUCUAAAAAGUAGAUAAAGUAGAGCUAAAAGUUUUUUUUAAAAGUAUUUUUCUAUGCAAGGUUCCUAUUUUAAGCAAGUUUUCUAAAAUCUGAUUGUAAGACACAUCAACAUUAAACUUUUUCGAAAGUUUCAUCUGUAAAUUUAUCUUUUUAGAACUUUUUAAUGCUAUCAUUGGAAACCAUUCCAUCCUUCCCAACGAACAUCCCGCCCCUUUUGUACACCACGGGCUCUCUGUUCACCCAGCUCCACCAGCCCCGCCCCUCCUUCUGUGAACCAUCCACCAGAUCAGUAGCUCAUUCUCUUUCACUAUACACUUCCCUGUCAUCCAGUUAUAUUUUCUACAAUGCGUCCUACUGAUACUUCAAACUUUGCUCCAGCCGAAAUUUCAAAGCGAAAAGUUCGACGAGUGAAAGCAAAUGGAAGAGAAAGAGCAAGAAUGCAUGGUUUGAAUAAUGCAUUGGAUAUGCUCAGAGAGUAUAUUCCAAUUACUACUCAACAUCAGAAACUUAGCAAAAUUGAGACUUUGAGACUCGCAAGGAAUUACAUUGAUGCUCUUCAAAGAAUGUUGCAAACAAACGAACAACCAACUCCACUUGAAUAUGCUCACACACUUGCCAAUGGAUUGUCACAGACUACCACGAAUAUGUUGGCUAACUUGUUGCAGGUCCAACCUCGUCAACUCCUUCCACCAUCACAAUUCGACAUCUUCUCUGAUCCAUCCCAUCAUCAACUUCAUCCAUCUCAUCCACCACCACAUUCAUCCUUCUCAUCAUCAUCACCAUCAUCUUCAUGUUCUCCACCUCAAUAUUAUUAUUCUCCAACUCAACCAUCAGCUGCUCCACUUCAAGGAUCAUGUGAUCCACAAUAUCAACAAAUGUAUCAUCAACAUUCCCAUCAGAAUACUUUUAAUUAUUCACCAUAAGUUUCGGUUUUUUUUCAAAUAUUUGUUGAGAGUCUCUUUCUUUGAUUUCUGAUUUGUUUGGUUACGGGUCUGUUAUUUAAUUUUAUUUUUGUCACUACAUUUAUACAUCCAGUUGAACUGAAAAAUAAAUUAUUUUAAAGUAUU